UUACAUCAUUGCUGGAUAUAAAAGUAGUAACUUGAAGCAGGCUCGUCGCACAGACAGAACAGCCGUGUGACAAUAGGAGUCGUCUCCAGACCAACGCUGUCGCUAUUAUAGUAUAUGCCCAUACGUCCGUAGCCGACAACCACUUCAAUAAGAAUGAGGGUCUUUUUGCUGAUCGUUGCCUUGAUGCUAGCAACAACUGUCUUGAUGACAGAAGGUGUAAGGAUGAAGCGCAGAAGGCGCAGUUCCUACAAAAGGCGCAGUUCCUACAGAAGGCGCUACCUGUACAAGAAAGGCGUAGCCGAAGUAGAGGACUUCGAGGAGAGGGAGGAGAUGCUCCAAAAUGCUCAUGACAUGCUGGAGAACCUUAUGAAUGAUGUGGAGGAAGGAGCAUUCCUGGAUAUGGGAAAAGGACAAGGACAGGAGAUGGAAGGGGCUGAUGGAGACACUUUUGAGAAGAGAAUGGCUACCUACCAGGAGACUGCAGAUGAGCUGGAGGAGGGGAAUGAUACAGUGGAGGAAGAUGCCGCCUUGGGUCUGAUGGAGGACGAGCUGGAGGAACUGCAGGAGGAAGUGGAUGAAGUCAUCGGCAACCCUGGUGGGACCAACUAGACCCAGUGGAGGAGACCCUGUCUGCAAGAAAGCCAGCCUUUGUCGAAGAGAAUUCCAAGGACGUUAGACUAGUCUAUCUAAAGUAGAGCUGCCACAACAAUGGUAAAAUACAGUCUAAAUGAUCGAGGAGUCUUAGAUUUUCACAUGGCUAUUACUCGAUGGUGUUUCUUAAUGACGCUUUUCGUCCAUCGCGAGUCGAUGAAGACCUUGACUUCAAUGAAUCUCUUCUCUUCUUAAUGAUCAAUGUUUCGAAACAUGUAUCCUUAAUUACUGUAUUGAAGGGCUUGUACUUACUUUACUUUACUUUGGCCGAGCUCCCGCUCGAACCAGGUUUGAGAAAAAGAAAAUAAAGGUAUAAGACAAAAAAAUUGGUCUGCUGGGUUGAUUUUGAUUCAGUUGAUAGCUUUGGAAGCUGACAAAGAGCCUUUUCAUCUAAUGGGAAUUCUCCCCCCUCCCGCCAACCAACAAAAUCGUUACAGACACCAGUAAGUAACGUGCUUGUUCAUGUAUCACUUAGCUUGCGACCAUGUCCAUCAGUCUUAUUACCUAUUCACCACCGGAAAGAAUAACUA